AUGUUGCUUGUAAAGCUGGCGAUUGAUAGGGCAAUGGCUGAGGCAGAAGACACCAAAGAUAAACAGCCUGGUGCCCUAGGAAGAACGGAAGUAACCAGGGAUGCUCAGAGGAGAAGGUACAAUGGGGGGCUGCGGAAGGAGCAGCUGGCAGUGCAGACCCAACCCUCACAGCCUCCUUUGGUGACCGACUCAGAAUGGUUGGCUCUGAGUGCAGAAGAACAAUUGGCCUGGGCCAAAAAUAUUCAAGACCCUCGGAUUGCAGUAGGUUCCCACUCCCCAUUAGAAAAGAAGAUUGAGAUAAUAAAGGACAGCCAACUUAAAAGAGUUCUAAUACUUCCCUUUGACAAGAGUUUAGGUGGUGUCCAUUCUUCAGAGGUGAGGAAAUUGUUAGCCCAAAAGACUCAACAGGAGAAUGAAAGACUUGAUCAACUUAAGGCCAUGUCUUUUGACUUCCGGUUUGCCCAAGCAGAGGCAUACUACUAUCAACACUACCAGGAAAUGCUGGAAGAAGCAUGUAAACACAAAAUGGUUCCAGAAGGGGAAAUUAAAACAGAAGAAAAGGAAAGGAGACCACACAAUGAAAAAAAAGAAGAUGCUAAAAAAUGGCACUAUCUAGUGCCUGAGAGAGAGCUGAACCAGAUACAGAAACACAUACACCGAGCUGAACAAGCCAGAGGCCUCAGAGACCAGAAUUAUCAACUGCUCCCUCAAAGCAUCUCAGAUGAAAUUCCUUCCCACGAAGUAUUAAACCAGAAGAAGGAUGAAAACACUGAAAACAUCCAGAAAACACACAAAAUUAAGGCCAAGCAGUACAGGGUGGCCUGGGCAAAGAAACAGAUAAAGGGACAUCAAGAGCGAAUGAUUCUAGGGAGAGAACUUACGGAGAAAAGAAAUAGUCAACAAGUUGCUCAAAAAAUACCUGCACAAGCUCCCCCUUUCUUGAAACCUCAAGUGAAGAAAAAGGAAGUAAAAGAAUAUGAAUGGGUCACCACCUAUCCCAUUGUCCAGCCUUAUGCGGAAGCACUUUUAGAAGUGACCAUUCUGAUGGAAAAGUCCAAAAAAGAGGGUAAAAUUGGAAAACCACUCUGA